UUAUUAGCAUUUUACGAAAAAGAAGUAAAACGCUUAUAUCGCACAAACCAUCUAGUAAAACGGGCCCAAACUUGGUGGAUGAUCAGCAUUCAGUAAGAGCUAUGCCCACACAAAGUUAGAAGUCCCUUCUAUCAUGGUUCUUGGGUUACAGGUGGCCCGCUACUUUUGACGAGUAUUGUAAUGUAAGACAAUAAAGGAAUCUAACGUUUGAUUGAAAUAAGAAGAAAAAUUUUCCACCUUAAUCCGAUAUAUUUGAAUUUUAAAACUGAAUGAAGUUUACAAAUGAACUUUUGUUUUUAAAUAUUUUCUAUACUUUUAGUCACUAAACCAUUUUCUAAUUUUGUAGUUGAUAGUUUUGGUUGUAUGAAUCUACUUUAUAAUGAAAUCAAAGAACAAAUUUUUUUUUGUAGCAUUCUUCUCUGCGCAAAGACGCUGUGAAUUCAACGGCCCUAGGAAGGGGCAUUCGAGUGUAACGAUGUGAAAACUGAAUUUUUUUAUGUUGAUAUCUUGUUAGCGUAGGUCAUUCUGUGAUCGCUCGCUACACAUCUACAGAUGAGGGAAUGAAGAAAAAAGAUGUAAGCAGCAGUAUAGCGCCGUCGUCAACAAAUGUGAAUGCGUUUGUCACUCAAAAACUUCAUAUAUCUCAAAAAUCUCAGUCCUCAGCUUUCCCCCCUUGGAAAAGAAUCGAUUAGAUUUCGAAAUCAAAGAACUUCAAUCAAUAAUUCAACAAUAUGAAUAAUUCAUACUUUCCAAAGUUUCAAGAAAUCUUUUUAGUCGUGUUAUAAAUAAAAUAGCAAGCGGAUCUCAACGAACUGAAAAUCAAUUCAAUGAUUAUUUAAAAGAAAAAGGUUAUUCAAAUAUAACAAUUGUCAAAGAAAAAUUUCAAUUUAUUCAAACGACUUCUGAACAAAUCAUAGAAAUGAUAACAAUAAAUAAAACAGAUUUUCAUCAUUUAAUUAAAAUAUCUGAAGAAGCAUAUCGAAUAGCAGUGGAUGCGAUUUCAAAAGAAAAUUUUAAUAAUGUUGACUUUAAACUUUCGGAUAUUAUAGAAACAGUACGAAAUUCAAGAAUUAUAUCUCAUAUUAAAAACAAAACAAUAGAAUAUCUAAUUCGUACAUUACAAGAAUUAACUAAUUAUUAUCGAUCAGAAUCUAUUGAAAAGAAUAUUGAUGAUAUGAAGAAAAGAAUUAGUCCAUUAUCUAAUGAGAUUUUACAACAGUAUGAUUUUGUCGAUAUUAAUAAAUAUUUAAAACAUUCACCAACAAAUCUUUUACAACAAUUAAAAAUAGUCUCAUCAAAUGGUUAUCCAAAGUAUACUGAAAUUUAUCAUCUUCUUUUAGAAAAACUUCGAAUUAAUUUUUCUCUUGCGAUAAAUAAUGUUAAAAAUAAUAUUACAUUUGAUCGUUUAGCUAAGAUGCGCACAAUUCAAGAUACUUUUUAUUUUUUACCAGAAGAACUGAAAAUCAACUUCCAAACUGAUAUUAAGGAAGUAGAUCAAAUGAUUAGAAAGGAAGUUAGAAUACCCGAAUUUGAUUAG